AUGUCGAAAAUGAGUUCGAAGGACAAAGACAAUAAAACGUUUAAUGAUAAACUAAAGCAGUUCUUCCGUAUAAAUAAAGGAAAUUACAAGAAUCGUGAAGAUGUCACCUUGACUCACGAUAUCGAGAGAGAUAUCAGUCCCGAUAGUCCCGUGCAUCACCGUACGAAAGCGAUCAAAGAACUUUGCGAUGCAGUUCUCAAUCAACAGUGGGAAGAUAGAGCGGCAGAACGCCUGUGGAAUCUAGUGCAGGAUUUAUUGGGAAAGGAUGUUCCACGUGAACAUAGACAUUUGACAUUAAACUUUUUAAGGUGCCUCGUACAAGGACAAUACUCCAAGCUUUCGUCACUGAUGCGUGUCAAGUUUUUCAUGGUGGUGAAGGAAUAUGAUGUACCGGAAGACAUUGGUCCCAGAUUGGAAUUGUUGCAAACAUUAACGGAACAUGGUAAAGAUAUUUUGCAUUUGGAGGAACGAAUGGGUCCGUUUCUGCUCGAAUGGAUGCCAACGGUGACGGCAGGUGAUGGAAAAAGAGGAGCAGAAUUCUUGUCACUUCUAGUAAAUGUAAUCAAAUUCAACUCAGCUUACAUCGACGAAGACAUUGUGUCUGGUCUGGUUCAAUAUAUCUCUCACUUGUGUUACUAUAGUAAUAGUACCGAUGUUGUUUCCGGAUGCUUGGAAGCCCUUGAUGCGAUUAUGUGUUACAGUAAUUUGCAAUCUGACUCACUGCAAACAUUUGUCAUAGCUUUGUGCAGAAGCGUAAAUGUUGAGACCUAUUGUCAAACCAGUUGGAAGAUUAUGCGAAAUUUAUUAGGAACGCAUAUGGGUCAUUGUGCUCUGUGUACAAUGUGUCGGCUACUACAAGAUAUCAAUUUUCAACGUGACGUCCGUCUACUUCGAGGUGCAGUAUUUUAUAUAAACAUGGGCCUGUGGGGCACGCAUAGAAUACCAAAGUUAGAAUGUACACCGGCGUCUGUUUUACCCUCGUUCUACCAAGCUCUACAGUGCAAUCAUCCAAUCGUCAUGUAUGAAGUUACUCUAUCGAUACAGAGAUUAGUGAACAAAUAUGGUAGUGAAUUGUGGGAUCCUACAUGGAGCAUUAUUCUUGACAUCGUAGAAGAAGUGAUCGCUCACACUGAAACCAGUAAUCAACCAGCAACUAAGCAGGUUUCUACGAGUUUACACGAAACGAUCACCAAUAUCGAAAAUUUGCUUGAUGCAAACAGUUAUAAUGGUUGCAUUCAGCGUUUCUACGAUCUCGUCGAACGUUGUAGCGAUGCUCGACCUGAGGGAUCUGUGUUGAAAUUAAUCGAAUACAGAACUUGUACGAUAGGCCCUACGUAUUACCAAUGGCAGGCCAAGCUGGGAUCUUUGAUGGAACGUUACUACAAGAUCGAAACGCGUACUACCAUUAGAAUGAAAGUUCUCGAUGUUCUGAUAAACGUCAUUCAAGUUAACCGGUCCAGAUACGAAGAUGAACUCAUCGAGCGAAUAGUCGUACCGUACACGCAACACGUGGAUGCGGAUCCUGAUAUUGCGAUACGCAAUGCCACGGCGAAUUUGUUAGUAGACCUUUGCCUGGAAUGUGACACUAAGCUCUGUUUGGAGCUUUUGGAUAUACUGGAGAAGAUAAUCAAUAAGCCUUUCGCAUCGGAUACUCCAGUCUCUACGGAUACUGAUAUUAAAGACGUAAAAACUGCGGUUGUCGGAAUCAUAAGGAUAUUCACUUCAAAAAUUUAUCGUUUGCCGUCGAGUCAUGCGAUAUGUGCUUACAAGAUUUUAGUGAAUCAUCUUGAGCAUCACUACAAAGAGCCCUCUGUUUUUCAUGAUGUAUCGACGACACGUUAUUUGAUCUUUGAGAGCUUCUUAAAAGUCAGAGCAAACUCUUUGUACCAUCUUGGUAUGCUGGAUGCGUCGAAUGGCACCGUGAUGCGUUUCAGUCCGUAUCUUGUUUUGGAACAUUUUACGACUGAGCGUAUGAAUAGUGCGAGCGGGGGUAACAGUCCUCCACCAGCCAGUCCGGCGCCGUUGCAACAUUUAUCUUGUCACGUUACCCCCAUGUCGUUGACUCACGCGUGCAAAGCUGUGAUUUUGUGCAUCAAACAAGAGAAAGAUUGGAAAGUUUUACAUCUCAUAUUGAAGGAGUUGCCUCAAGUGAUGCAAAAUAGAGCGCUUAUGUUAUCUCGUCAUAGCAAUGACAUCGACGUCUUCGCCGCAGCUUUGUGUUCCAUGGUGAGCGACAAUCGUUUGCGUCUACCCGAGUCGCUUUACAAUGUGCCGCCAAAGUUUACGCUUUCCGAAUUUCGGGUAUACGUAUUUCCGGUACUAGCGUCUCUAGCGUCAUAUCAUGCACACUUGGAACCUAAUUUGCAGCAACGUUUAAUCAAAUGUUUAGAGGUCGGCCUAACGGCAAAGUGCGCGAGUCAGUGCGUAACCAGUCUCACAAUUUGCACAUUGGAAAUGCGUGAUGCGAUGAAUAAACUUUUAACUGAAGUGCUCUUAAAUUUAUCAAAGAUUUCCGCAACUGUUUACAUUGCCAUACCUAUUUUGGAGUUUUUAUCGACUCUAACUAGGCUUCCAAAAGUCUUCGCCAGCUUCAUAGGAGAUCAAUACAUGUCUGUAUUUGCGAUACUGCUACCAUAUACUAAUCCUUUCAAGUAUAACCAUUAUACAGUGUCCUUGGCUCAUCAUGUAAUAGCAGUGUGGUUUUUGAAAUGCAGACUUCCAUUCCGGAGAGAUUUUGUUAAAUUUAUCACUACGGGAUUGAAAGCGAAUGUGAUAGUUCCUUUUGAAGAAGGACAUCUUAUGAAAUCUGACUUUAGCGUCAUCAACGAGGAUUCAUCAAAUAGGAAACGUAGCUCCAGCUUAACCGAACAAGGUAGCAGAGGACGAAGAGAAAGACCGAUAAUGGCCAAUCGAAUGAUAGGAGAAAGUAGAGCUUUAGAUUUAAAACCUCCGAUUGAUGAAGCUUUAAUGAACUUUCAUAUUGAACUUACCGAAACUUGCAUCGAUUUGAUGGCUCGUUACACAUUUUCAAACUUUUCUGCGCGACCCAAAAGAUUACCAGCUGCCGAUUUUCUUCUUAAGGAAGGUCAGUCCAUGACCUGGAUACUUGGCAAUAGACUUAUUACUGUAACGACUAGUGGCUGUAGUAACAAAGCUAUGCGCGGUGGACUUUGCGACAAUUGUUGGGUAGCGUGUAAGCCUGGAUUUUUAUUACUGGAUCAGACGAAAACUUCUCAGUUGCAACGUACUUCGAGUCUUGAGGCAUCGAAGGAAGACAAGUUAUCGAGACAGUCCUCUGGUGGACAUGGGAGUUCAAACGCAAAUACCGCUGCAAACUCUCCUACGGAAGAAUCUAAGAAAUCCACGGAAGAUUCAGAUAGCGCAAAGAAAGAGUUUCUUAUUGAAAAGAGUGAUAAGGAUCAAGUCGAACGAUCCAAAUUGGGGCAGAUAUUAAAUAGCGAUAAACAAGAUGGACAUGUACUUUGCGCGUGUUGGUGUCAAGGAUGGGCUGAGAUAUAUGUGCGUAGACCUACAGGCGAUAUGUCGUGGAUUAUGAGAAUUCAGAAUUCUACACAAUUUGAAACUCCAAUGGACUUUCCUGUGCAUGAUAUUAUGGCCUUGUAUAUGCCAAACCAAGACGCAGUACCGAAUAAGCAACAGGAGACUACCACAGAACUUUCCGGCGAUGAAGCAGAGGACGUGCCAAAUAAGAGUAACAAUCACUCACUGAUCGAACAUGGUGUAAGAUCAGCGAUAUCAUCAUCAGGUCCUAUCGCGAUACCUGGUUCGCCGGUACGUCCUAGCCCAUCUCGACAAAGCUCGAGAGAUAGUCUAGAAAGCUUGGAGGAAGGUGAAGAAGACACGCGACGCUCCAGAAAUCCGGUCCGCCGGUCAAAUUCCAGUCCAGAAAUGAGCGCUAAUUGGAAAAAUCCAUUUUUAAACAAAGAAAAGAUAAAUGUGCAGCAACAAAUUGAUAAAGAUCUUGCAUCUUCAGAUUUGGAUGUUAAACUAGACGCAGAAUUGAAGAAGCAUUCGAAAAACAUUUAUGCAAAGGAUAUGAGAGUUAGCUGCGAAGCUAUACCGGAAGAAAUAUUUGGCAUGGGAACAACUCCACCUUCCUCGGAACAUACCGGAGACCAUCCAACUGCGCUGCGUUCGCAACGUUCUUAUCCAGGAGCGACGCAAAUAACUCAGACUGUCCCAUCGACUACCAGCAAUACCGUACCACCGUCUCCUACAACUGUGCAGGCGCCGGGAAAUUAUUUGGGAAUACAAAUGCGCUCCACGCAAAUACAGUCGUCUGCUAUAAUAAAAGCGCCGCAAUCGCCUACUCAAAUUUAUUCUCGAUUAUCUAGUCUUGAUUACGCUCAGAAACAAAUACCGCUGACUGUCGACAGCAAACCACCCAUCGGACGAAAUCAUUUUGCGGAUAAGCAAAAAGACGAGAGACCCGAUCCAUCGACGUUACCUCCUUUACCGAUAUCUUUUCGCGAUAGAGGCCACACGAUAUCCGUAAUGAGUCCGGUGAAAAAAUCACGAGGAGAGUGGGACAACAUGCGACGAGGUAAUUCUCCUCGAGUGAAAGAUCCACCGCGCACAGGCAUUAAUCCGAGUUUUGUAUUCCUUCAACUUUAUCAUGCAGCACAUUUUGGCACUACCACGGAGAAGCCUUUGUUGGUUCCGCAAACAACAGCCAUACAACGCGUAGUGACGAAUCUGGAUAGAAUUCAGCCGUAUGAAACUCAUAAAAUAGGAGUACUCUAUGCUGGCCCUGGACAAGCUUCGAACGAAAUUGAAAUUUUGGCGAACCAGCAUGGUUCUCUCCGUUACACCGAAUUUUUGAAACGUUUGGGCACGCUAAUCCGACUGAGAGAUGUCGAUGAGAAUGUAUUUUUAGGUGGAUUAGAUCGUAAUGGUGAGAACGGAGAUUUCGCUUAUAUUUGGCAAGAUGAUGUUACACAGGUAGCUUUCCACGUCGCAACAUUAAUGCCCACAAAAGUGAGCGAUCCACAAUGUACAUCUAAAAAACAACACAUUGGUAAUAAUUAUGUGACACUUGUGUACAAUGAAUCGGACGAACCGUACAAUAUACAGACAGUCAAGGGUCAAUUUAAUUAUGCUUGUGUCGUGAUACAACCUUUGGAUCAUGGUACUAAUCAAGUUACGGUACAAGCACGAGAAGAAUUAGCCGAGCACAUCGGUCAUAGCGAGCCUAAAAUCAUUUCCGAUCAGAAUCUGGCUAUUCUUUCGCGGCAACUUGCUCUGCACGCUAACCUCGCUUCGAUGGUUUGUUCAUCUUUGAAGCAAAAUAGCCAUAAUCCGUACGCAUCCAAUUGGUUGGAGCGCUUGCGAUAUAUCAAGCGACUGAGAAGCAGAGUAUUGCAAGAAACUGUCAACAAUAAUCAAGAUACUACCACGGACGAGCUCUCACCGAGAACCAACAAACGGGUUUAUAUGGACGACUUUACGGAAUAUACAACAUAACUUUAUCAUCUAUGGAAUGACAAUUACGAAAGAAAACAAUGAAAACAAUCGAAUUGGACACACUGUCCGAUCGAUAUAUUCGAUAUAUUAUGCAAAUCAGCAAUACAGCUUCUUCAAAAUGAGAUACAGGAUUGAAAGUGACUCUGCGUAACAAUAUUUAGGGAAAUAUUGUAUACCUUGUUAUGUAACAUACCUCUCUCGUGCACGCGCACACACAAAAGAAAUCUAUUCAAUUACACAAUUAUA